AUUACCCUUAAAACACACACACUCUCACAUAACACGGAAGGUGAGAGCUGAAUAAAGUUUUCUGGGUAAUGGCUUGAAAUGUUUUCCUUAUGAGAAGUGGUGUUGAGUUACAGCGUGCAGACGGAGAACGGGGAGGAGAGAAACAGCAGCCUCAAUCUGGCCCCCACCUUUUCUUGGGCUUGUAGGAAGGUGGACAUGGGCUCCUGGGGACCAGACAAGUGAUAUGUUGAACUGCUUCGUGGCUGGAAUCAACUGCUCCUGGAGUGACCUAAGGCCAGUGUUUACCAGAACUUAGCCAGGGCCAGCCAAGCAGGCACAGAUGCUCUGCUGUGAAAUGCCACGCAGGCAGAGACUGACAAGCAGUAGGAGCUGAGCUUUCCCCUUGGACGGCUGCUUCCUGCUGUGUUCAGGGGAGGGGGUCACUUUCUGGCAACUCUGCUGCUGCUGCUGCUGCUGCUGCUACUACUUCUUCAGCUCCCUCUCCACUCAAGGUAAGCAGGCUAAGGGAGGGCAGGCUCCAAGCGAAACCUUUGUACCAUGAACAGGAUCCGAAAGUUUUUCCGAGGAAGUGGGCGAGUCUUGGCAUUUAUCUUCAUAGCUUCUGUCAUCUGGCUGCUCUUUGACAUGGCAGCUCUCCGCCUCUCAUUCAGCGAGAUCAACACUCGGGUCAUCAAGGAAGACAUCGUGAGGAGGGAGCAGUUAGGAUUCAGAGUUCAGCCAGACCAAGUGAAAAUUUUUUACAGCAGCAUCAAAGAGAUGAAACCUGCCCUAAGGGGACAUGGAAAAGGGGCAUGGGGCAAGGAGAACUUUAGAAAAACUGAGGCGAGUGUACUCAGGGUUGAGGUUGACCUGGACCAAACCCAGAGGGAGAGAAAAAUGCAGAAUGCCCUGGGAAGGGGCAAGGUUGUGCCAUUGUGGCAUCCUGCACAUCUGCAGACCCUCCCCAUGACUCCUAACAAGCAGAAGAAAGAAGGGAGAGGAAUCAAACCUGAAGCCUCCUCUCACCAGGGGACACCAAAGCAAACAGCAGCUCAGGGGGCUCCAAAAACCUCACUCAUAGCAGCAAAAGGAACUCCAUUAGUUACAACAUCAGUACACAUGGGACCCCUCAGUUUAAAACAGGAGGCCCUGAAGAGUCAUAGCCCUAGCAGUGGCAUAUCAAAACUAGCAGCUGAAAGGGACUUGAAUGUGACCAUCCAUCUUAGUACUGACAGACCAAAACAGCGAUCACAGGCAGUAGCAAAAGAGAGGACACACCCUGCCAGCACACCAGUGCCGAAGUCUGGGGAAGCCAUAGCCUUAAACAAAACUGAGACUCAGAGCAAAGAAGUAAAUGCAAGUAAACACAAAGUCAAUAAGAGUCUUCCUUUUUCUAAGUUCAUUGUCAAUUCAAAUCGCUUAAGGAAGCAAUCUAUUAAUGAGACACCUUUGGGAAGCUUGUCAAAGAAUGACAGAGCUGGAGGGGCUCAUGGAAAGAAACUCAAUUUCUCUGAAAGCCACAUUGUGAUUAUAACCAAAGAGGAAGAGCAAAAGACAGACCCCAAAGAGGUCUCCAAUUCUAAAACCAAAAUUAUAUUUCCUAACGUACUGGGUAAAAGCCAAGGUAAACACAUUUCCAGGAAUAGAAGUGAGAUGUCUUUCUCUUCACUUGCUCCACAUAGACUACCACUGUCCCAAACUGACCAUGCUUUAGCUGGGGGGCUAGAGCCAGAAAAAAUCAACAUAACUGCCAAGGACCCCCCUAGAGAAUACAACCAGACUUAUAUAAAAGCCCUUUUACCUGAAGACCAUGGGAUGCACCAGGUGUUAAGAAUUGAUGUGACACUUUCUCCAAGGGACCCAAAAGCUCCAGGGCAGUUUGGGCGCCCUGUAGUUGUCCCCCAUGGAAAGGAGAAGGAGGCAGAAAGAAGAUGGAAAGAAGGAAACUUCAAUGUCUACCUUAGCGAUUUGAUCCCAGUGGAUAGAGCCAUUGAAGACACAAGACCUGCUGGGUGUACAGAGCAGCUAGUUCACAAUAACCUCCCAACCACCAGUGUCAUCAUGUGCUUUGUAGAUGAAGUGUGGUCCACUCUCUUGAGAUCUGUUCACAGCGUCCUCAAUCGCUCUCCUCCACACCUCAUCAAGGAGAUUCUGCUGGUAGAUGACUUCAGCACCAAAGACUACCUAAAAGAUAAUUUGGAUAAAUACAUGUCUCAGUUUCCAAAAGUUCGGAUUCUUCGCCUCAAAGAGAGACAUGGUUUAAUAAGGGCCAGGCUGGCAGGAGCACAGAAUGCAACAGGUGACGUGUUGACAUUUUUAGAUUCUCACGUGGAAUGUAAUGUUGGUUGGCUGGAACCUCUUCUAGAAAGAGUUUAUUUAAGUAGAAAUAAAGUGGCCUGUCCAGUAAUCGAAGUCAUCAAUGAUAAAGAUAUGAGUUAUAUGACAGUGGACAACUUUCAAAGAGGCAUCUUUGUGUGGCCCAUGAACUUUGGUUGGAGAACAAUUCCUCCAGAUGUCAUUGCAAAAAACAGAAUUAAAGAAACUGAUGUAAUAAGGUGCCCUGUCAUGGCUGGUGGAUUAUUUUCUAUUGACAAAAGUUACUUUUUUGAACUUGGAACAUACGACCCUGGACUUGAUGUUUGGGGUGGGGAAAAUAUGGAGCUCUCAUUCAAGGUAUGGAUGUGUGGUGGUGAAAUUGAGAUCAUUCCCUGCUCCCGAGUGGGCCAUAUAUUCAGAAAUGACAAUCCAUAUUCCUUCCCCAAAGACCGGAUGAAGACAGUGGAGCGGAACUUAGUGCGGGUUGCUGAGGUCUGGCUAGAUGAGUAUAAGGAGCUAUUCUACGGCCAUGGAGACCACCUCAUCGACCAGGGGUUAGAUGUUGGCAACCUCACCCAGCAAAGGGAGCUGCGAAAGAAACUGAGGUGCAAAAGUUUCAAAUGGUACUUGGAGAAUGUCUUUCCUGACUUAAAGGCUCCCAUUGUGAGAGCUAGUGGUGUGCUUAUUAAUGUGGCCUUGGAUAAAUGCAUUUCCAUUGAAAAUACUACAGUCAUUCUGGAAGACUGCGAUGGGAGCAACGAGCUUCAACAAUUUAAUUACACCUGGUUAAGACUUAUUAAAUCUGGAGAAUGGUGUAUAGCCCCCAUCCCUGAUAAAGGAGCCAUAGGGCUGCACCCUUGUGAUAACAGAAACAAAGGGCUAAAAUGGCUGCAUAAAUCAACACCAGUCUUUCAUCCAGAGCUGGUGAAUCACAUUGUUUUUGAAAACGAUCAGCAAUUAUUAUGCUUGGAAGGAAAUUUUUCUCUAAAGAUCCUGAAAGCAGCUGCCUGUGACCCAGUGAAGCCAUAUCAAAAGUGGAAAUUUGAAAAAUAUUAUGAAGCCUGAAGUGGAACUGAUGUUUUUAUAUAGUAAACCCAUCAAAUACUGUGAAAAUAACACUGAACUUGGUAACUAUAUUUCUCAGCAGUAGUUUAAAUUUUCAAUUUUAAUAGCAUUUAAAUGGAAGAUUUUUUUGUAAAUCACAAUAUUUGGAAUACCAAAGGAUAACUCAGGAAAACAGUUCAACAUUGGACUGAAGCCCUUCUUCAGAAGUGAGUGACCUUUGAAUUGCCUGCUUUCCGCCCUGUGCUGGAACUCACCCUGCAAAUUUCCCUGUGAAAGCUAACAGGUAACCAGAAAUGAAGACAGAAGGAUUUGAGAAAGCAUGAGGUUAUUUCCAAUGACUGUGUUUGAUAAUAAUCAGCUCUUCUGGUCCACAAGUAGGGAUGAUCAAUGAGAACUUAAUGUAGUUUUUUAUUUGGGAAUAUUUUCAUCAAACAAAAACUUCUUGAGUUUUUAUGGCUAGAAGACCUCAGAUGCCCACAGCUAUCACAUUUGUGAAAUCCCUCCAGACUGCAUGCAUCCUUUCCUAACAGUUUGAAAUAGUAUUGGUUUACUGCUGGUAACCUUACCUGAUGGUAGCAUUUUGAUCUAAAUUACAUAAUGGUUUUUCCCAGUCCGAGUCAGUGGAAAAAAUUCUAAGUGAGGAAGAAGAGGCCUUCAAAUACUUGUUUAAUUCUAGGUAUAAACAUUGCUGCCGCUCAUUUUGUGCUUUUAAAACUACAACUUUCAAGAUUCGCGAUACCAAUAA